CGUCUGCCUUUCCGCCCCCCCCCCACCUCCCUCGCUUUUUUUCCUUCCCCGUCGCCCCUCCCUCGCAGUUUGGCUGCCCGGUCUCGGCCAGCAUGAUGCACGCGGCUGGCCCGGCUUCGGCCCCGCCUCCGGGGGGCAGUCCGGCCCUGGCCCUCCUGGACGCCCUGGCCGAGGAAAUCACCCACGCCAUUGAGCACCUCGACGACCUGAUCUACGCGCCGGUCCCCGGGGCGGCGACCCCCUCGACCUCUCGGCCGCUCAAGCCCUUCCCCCCGGGGCCGGCGGCCGGUCCCGGGCCCUUGCCCCCGGGCGGCCCGCCGGCGCAUGUCCUCAGCUCCGACUCGAAUCUCUUCCUGUCGGCCAACCGGUCGGCCGGCGGGACGGCCGCCGCCGCCGCCGCCGCCGCCGCGGGCGGCCGCUCGCGGGCAGCCACCGUCAACACGGCCCCGGAUCUCGGCGCCCGGCCACGCGCCAUGACCCUUUCCGAUUUGCAGCGCGAGCGAGCGGACGCGGCGGCGGCGGCGGCUGCCGCCUCGGCGGCCGUGGUCACCGCCGCCGCGGCGGCCCUCGGCUCCAACAGUCACUUGGCCAUGGACCCGGAGCCUGCCGGCCAGCCCGGCCCCGGUGGCCCGGGCACCGGCACCUCGACUCCCUUCCAGAGCCCCGGCCCGGUGGGCGCUCGGCACCUGUACCUGGAGGACGAUGCGCCGACCCCGUCGCCGCCCUCCUCGGCGCGUAGUAGCAUGAGCCGCUCCUCGCGCCUGCCCCACUCGACCUCCUUCGCGUCCGGGCUUUCGCAGCAUCAUGUGGUGAACCCCUCGGAGUCCGGGCUUCCGGCGUUGGAUCUCGGCCUCCCGCCGAAGGCCCCGUCGGCGCGGCGCAGCACGGCCGCCACCGGUGGCGGCUUCGACGGGGCCACCAUGCUGGCCUCGCCGGUCGGCUCGUCACCCGGGUCGCCGGUGCUCGGCCACCACGGGGGGGGCAGUGCCUUUGCCAGCCCGCCCGGGCUGUCGUCCUGCGGGUCGCUGGUGUCGACAUCGUCGCUUUCUUCGCUGUCCGGCGGGUCUUCCGGCCCCGGGAGCGCCAUGUACGCCUCGUCUCCGACGUUGAUCGCGUCCACCGGUGUGACCACUCCGCCCGGGGAAAUGCGCCCGGAGGACAUCGUCGUCGCGGCGGCGGCCGCACGCCUGGCCCAGCAGGGCCGCUCGUCCUCCUCCCUGGAGGCGGCCACCGGCCAGGCGCUCGAUGCCCUGGUGUCGUCCAUCGAUGAGGCCCUGGUGGCGGCGCAGGCGGCCGCGGCCCUGGAGCAGCAGCGCGUGGUCCAGAUGCGCGAGGAUGCCGCCCGGCGCCGGCUCAGCCGGCGCCUCAGUCGCUUCGGCCCUCUGCAGGGGCUGGACUUUUCCAAGGUGGACUUCAAUGCCCUGGCCGCCGGGGCGGGGCUCUCCUCGCCGGGGGGGUCUUCGUCGACCCCCGGGUCGCCGACCACCGCCAUCGGCGAGGGCAGCGGCGACAGCAGCCCCCUUGCCUCAUCCCCCCCGCCGCCCCUCUCCAUGUCGCCCUACCUUCCGACCGGCCAGGUGGCCGGGUCCUUCUCCGGGUUCGUGCUCCCCCCGGCCCCGGCUCCCAUUUCGUCGCUCGACCUGCGUGGUGUCCCCUCGUCGCUGGUGCACCCGAUCCCCCACAGCCGCGGCGGGCCGACCUCCCCCCCGCCAUCCUCCUCCUCGUCAUGCGCUCCCGGCACCCCGGGCACCCCGGCCCCGCCGCUGCCGCCGCGCGUCCGCCGGGCCCCCUCGACCUCGCACGCGGCCACCGCCAUCGCCAGCGUGGCCUUCGGGGACUUUGCCCCGCCACCGGUGCCGCUGGCCGGCACCGGCGCCGGCCCUGGCUCCGGCCCGGCCACGUCCUUGUUCCCGCCGCCGCCCCUGCCGCCGGCGGCCCUCCGCGCGCAAAUCCUCGCGCCGACUUCCUCCGCCCCGACCGGCGGGGCGGCCAUGCUGUCCCCCCCGCCGAAGCCCCUGAUGCCCGGGUCUCCGGCCCGCGGUGGCGGGUCCAACACCCUCUCGGGAACGGCCUUCCCCCCGCCGCCGCUGGUCCUGGAGCCGGUGCACGCGCGCACUGGCAGCCUUUCGCCCGGGUCCAGUGCCGAUGGCCGCUCCCCGGGGGAUGCCGCCUUCUUCCCUCUGCCGCCGGCGCCGUUGUCGGCGCGGGCAUCCACGGCGCCGGGUCGCGACACGGCCCCGCCUCCGCCUGCCCCGCGGCCGGAGUCCACCCUGCCUCCCCCGACACCACCCGGGCGCAAGGGCAAGCUCCCGCCCCUGCCGGGCACCCCUUCGACCGCCAUCGCGCCGCCGGAUGCCGCGGGGACCGCCGCCGUGGCCGGCCCCCCGGCGGCCGCCAUGCCGCCCUUCAUCCCGUCGGAGAUGCGCACGCGCCAGGCUUCCAUGGCUCGGCAGCCGCGCGGGGCCGCCCGCGAGCAUGUGGCCCGGCCCACCGUCACCACCGCGGCCCCGGCCCCGGCCCCGGCCCUGGCCCCGGCCCCGGCCCCGGCCCCGGCCAUGGAUUCGGCCCCGGCGGCCACCAGCCCCCGGGCGUCCUCCUCCUCGCACUUGCGCUCCAGCAUCGACACCUCGACCGGGGCCCGGCCGCAAACCCUGCGCGCCAUGUUCGAGUCGCUGUCGGCCAUGACCGCGGCUUCCGGGCCGUCGGCUCCCUCGAGCAACCGCGUGUCCGGCCUGCACUUCCAGUCCUCCUCCUCCUCCUCGUCGCACAUUCCCCCCGGACGCCGGGUCUCCAGCCAUGGGCUGCAGUUCCUCGGGACCGAUUACUUGCAGCAGACAUCGGCCCCCGGCGCGGGCAUCGGCCAUGGCAUGGGCCGGCCUCCGUCGGGCGAUGGCGGGUUCACCACCUCCCCCGCUGGCUCGCGGCGUUGGGGCUCAUCCUCGCCCCGGGCAUCGGCCGGGAUGCUCGGCACGUCGGCCCUCAGCACCAGCGACUUCCUUGGGCCCCCCUCGGGGCCGGUGGCCGGCAGCGGGGCCGAAGCCGGCGCCUCGUCCGAGGGCCACCAGUCUCACUCUUCUGCCUCCGGUGGCGGUGGCGCACACUCGCUCAUCGACCGCCGGUCCAGCUCGACGGCCUCCAUCCUGGCGCAAUUCGAGGCCGCCGCCGCGCAGGCCCAGCAGCAGGAGCUCCGCCGGGCGUCCCUGGCCCGGCGGUCCGGCACCAGCUGGGCCGGUGGGGGGGGUCCUGUCCCGAGUGGCGGCGGCGGUGGCGGUGGGCCGCUGUCGCCCCCCUCGCAGCACCAGUACUAUGCCUCGCGCUUCGGUGGCAAGGCCGACUGA